GUAGCGGUAGCUCACACAGAUCGAGGGUUCUUUUAAGGAGUUUGGUAUUUCGUGACCGCAGUACAGAUUUAGUAACUUAUCGAUAAAUUUAUACGAAAUUCUUAAAAACAAUGAAUAUAUCUGAUAGUCAAGGACAACCCUUAGGGCCUCGUGAGAAGUCAGUUCUUAUAACUCUUUUGAAGUUUACCUUAGCCAUGAUUUUGUUACCAAUAUCCUGCUUUUUCCUUUCCAAGAAAAUCUUCUUUGAAGAUAUACUGGGUUAUCCAAAUGGUGCAAUAGGUGCAGCAGGAGUAACUGUGAUAGUUAUUCAUAUUAUUGUUGGUUUUUACAUCUGGGUGGCUAUACAAGAAGAAAAAGAACCAGCACCAAUAAAACAAGAUUAGAAAAAGAUGAGAAUGAUGUGUUUGCCACUCAACAACAAUGAACACAAAAUGUGUACCUCACCAGAUAGAUGGGAAAAUGUCUGAAGUCCAAGGCAAAGCAAGAAAAGGAAACCGGGUUUAAAUUAAAGCGAGCAUACCUGUUA